AUGACAGAACAAAUUAAAUCCUUACUUGAAAUAAUGUUCCACACUGGUACUACAAAUCUACAACAAAAAAUAUCUGCUCAACAAAUGCAUGAGGAUCUUAUUCUACGUGCAGCAUAUAGUGAAAUUGAAGCAGACAAUAUUUCCAAAAUUACUACUAUAGCAAACUGGAUCA